AUGAUGAUUGAUGAUGGAAAGAACAUACGGGACUCGACCGAUACGGACGUCAUCUCUUUUAAGGGGAGAGCAUCGGUCAACCAGACCAAACCUCGCAACGAUGUCCUUGUCAACGAGUUGACGAUUCAGAACAUCGACGUCGCGAGAGUCCUAAUCGAUAUUGGAAGCUCGGCUAAUAUUGUUUUCAAAAACACCCUCGAAAGAAUGAAGAUUGACCCGUCCGAAAUCACGGAAAACCCUAGCCCGUUAGUAGUACUCUCAGAGGAGACCACUAUGGCUCUCGGGUCAAUUAACCUCACAGUCAAAGCUGGAUCCAUAGAAAAAAUCGCAAAGUUCCUAGUUGUCGACCGACCUGCGUCAUACAACGUAAUCAUGGGCACGCCAUGGUUGAAUCUUAUGCAGGAAAUUCCAUCAACGUACCAUCUUUGCCUCAAAUUCUCAACCCCUCGCGGAAUCGAGACAAUCUGGGGAAACCCGAGGGUGGCACAAGUCUGCUUCACCGCAGAACAAAAACGAAAACAAUCGGAUUCUGAGACCACUUAUAGGAAAAAGUUGGCCUCCGACAAAGAAGCCCAAGAAGAAGAUUCGGCGGAACUCUUCUGGAAAUUGCGGAAAGCUGAGAUCCUAGAAGAAAAGCGCGAGCCGACCUGCGAACCCGUGGUAUUGGUAUGUCUUGACGAAGCAUUCCCGAACGAUGCAUCGAGAUCGGAGCCAACCUCCAUGAACCUUUAA